GCACUUUACUAAAAGAGAGGAAAGUCCGUGCGUAAAAACAGAAGUUUACCACUUCGCUGCACAUCUGAGGAACCUGACCAAGAACAUAGAUUCCGUCGACUGAAAACACGGAAACAAAAACAGCAACGGAGAAAGCGGCAGGACAACUGGUUGUAUGGCACCUCAGUCGUGCGUAAUGAAUCCUGCGCAGGGAUCACCACUCUCGGCUGCUCCGGGGGAGACCUCACCAGAGGACCGAGCCGCUGGUGGCAUGGGAACUGACGAGCUGGACCUGUCAUCUGUCAGAAGAUGUAAAACCAAAAGUUUAGAUCUGCCUUUCAGUGUGGAAUCUCUCAUAUCAGGCAGGACACCGGACAGAAGCCUCCACUCCCCCGGUCCUGGUUCAGGCUGCAUCCGGUCAGAGGAGACAGAGUGUGCGUCACCGAGGAGACUCUAUGGGUCCAAGCAAGAGGUGGUGGACCUCAGCGACAAGGAAACGAGCCCGUGGUGUCAGGCUUCUAACGCAUCCCCUCCAAGACUCCCCAGCCCGACCGGGUGCAAUCUACGGAAACACAAGAACAACAGGAAACCCAGAACACCCUUUACAACUUCUCAGCUGCUUUCUCUGGAGAGAAAGUUCCGUCAGAAACAGUACCUCUCCAUCGCGGAGAGAGCGGAGUUCUCCAACUCCCUCAGCCUCACAGAGACACAGGUCAAGAUCUGGUUUCAAAACCGCAGGGCCAAGGCCAAGAGACUGCAGGAGGCCGAGCUGGAGAAGUUCAAGCUGGCAGCGAAGCCGCUGUUGCCGGCUUUCGCCUUUCCCUUCCCACUGAGCGCACCCAUGGGCGCACCGUCCCUCUACGGGGCCCUGAACGGACCGCGGCCUGCCUUACCUGUCCCAGGACUAUUCAGUGGACCAUAUGGGAUGUACUACUUGUCCUAACCCUUACUAACUUUGAACUGCACCGAUGGGAUGGCUGCCUUUAUAAAAAUGCCUUCAUAACGAAAAGAACCAACUCUGUCAGUCUGAAAUCUUUUAUUACAUCAAAUGUAAAAUCUUUCCUGUUAGGCCUAUUGUAAAUAUAUAUAUAUAUAUAUAUAUAUAUAUAUAUAUAUAUAUAUAUAGGAAUAAUGGUGUAAGAAGAAUUAUCUUUUUUUUUACAUAGUCAGUUCGUUCAAGAAACUCAUGGAACAGAAACAAGAGAAAUAUUUUCACUGGCUUCUCCUUUUUCAUGAUUUUUCAUUCGUUUUCUAUAAAUAAUAAUAAUUUAAGAUUUAGUCUGCUUUACGGGAAAUUAUUUGUUAACAUUGUCAUUUUUGCAGUGUAUUCAUUAAAAUACUUUAUUUUUAAAUGACGGACUCUCACAGAGCUAAUAUUUCGCAUUAAAUGUUUUAAAAUGUCACAUGGAAUUACUAGCUACUUUCUAUGCCAGCAUUCCGAAAUACUUUAGUCAACGUAAUUUUAAUUUCCCAAGAGACAUGGUUUUUAAAGGCCUAUAACUGUGGGUUUAAAGCAAUAACUCAUGAUGAGUCACAAAGUGUCCACAUGCAUCUUUUAUUUCUGCUUCAGAGGCUUUUGAAAAUGUCUUAGCCUGGCUAAGACAUUUUCAAAAGGACACCAUUUCCAAUUUCGGAGGAGUAAAAAACAUCAACAUUUAAUCAAAUAAACCCUACUUUUAAUAGGCUAUUGGAGGAAAUAAAAUGUCUAAUCAUAGACUCAGACUUUAUAGUAACACAGUCUGCCCAUGUCUUUUUAUAAGCUGAAGGUAGAAGGAAAGUCUGAUAUUAGACCUAAAAUUUUGAUCAGGAGAGGCAAGAUCAAGCUUCAAUGUCACUCAACAACAACAACAACAAACACACUUCAAUUAGUGCAAAAGUUUGUCCAUAUUUACAAUCAUAAUAAGUGGGUCAUCUUUAAUAGUUCAUAAUCAAUAACAAGAGCCAUGUGGAAGAGAUUAUGAAGUGCUUCUAGGUGCCUUUCAGAUACUGUUGGAGUGAAAUCAAGUGUGCCUAAAACUUGUUUUAGAAGUUUCAUUUUCAAACUUUUUUCUUACUUUUGCCAUUUAAAAUAAAUUCUGCUCAGAGACUUUUCUCAUGGUUAACUAUUAACCAUGAGAUCUUCUCAAGGUGAAUUUACUAUUACUAAUAAUUAAUAAUAUCUUAUCCACACAACUUUUUGUUUCUAACUUCUUAAUUGUCUUUUUCAAAAAUACAAAUGGAUUUAAAAUCUGCUUUCCUAUUGUAAUUUAAAAUGUCAUUUUUCUUUUUAGAUUACCUCAAAACCUUUCUACAUUUCUUUUGCACAGACGUUCAAAGAGCUCUUAAAAGACCAGUCAGUUUCAUUCCUAAAUGUAAAUAAAAGUCAACUAUUUUUUUGAAAACACUCAAAAGGCUAAACAUGACUGAUGACAUCAGUCAAUAAUGUACAGUGUAUUUUAUAUCUGAUGGGUGAAAGGGUGUUUUGUACAAAUAUUAAAAUCUAUUAUGGAAAUUCUGACAGUCCUCUCGUUUUUCUCUUCACAAAAAUCUACCAGUGGACUCCAAAAACAUCCCCAUCC